AUGCUUUUCCUCCCAGCUGCUGCUCUGUGCUGUCUGUGCUCAGCGCUGGCUGCCAUGGCAAGACAGCUGCUUCAGGAGGAUUUAACAUGGAGGACAGUUGGUGAAAGAGUCUCCUUCAGCUGUCGAGGCACUAAACAGUGUUUUGGCAGUGUUGUAGUCUGGUUCCAGAAGAGAGACACAGAAACAUUCACACUGAUUCUGAUGAUGGACAGACAUAAUGGUAUCAUAGAUAAAAGUUACAAUCAUCCUCAGGAAGAUGAUUUCUCAGCUGUGAAUAACCAGAACGGCUGGGAGUUGCAGAUCAAGAGUGUUAAACUAAAUCAUUCAGCCACCUACUACUGCUGCUGUUUGAAGCGGUACUACUACAUAUUUGGCUCUGGAACUAAACUGUUUGUAGUGGAUCAACAGGUAGUGAAGCCCGUGGUGAGCGUGUACCCAGCAGCACCCAGAGCCCACCUGGAGGGGAAGAGCUCCCUGCUGUGUCUGGCCUCAGCCAUGUUUCCUCCUCUGGUCGGCUUCUCCUGGAAAAGACGAAAGGAGAACGGUCCUCUGGAGGAGCUGCCCCCUGCUGAGGGAGAGCAGCUGGAGCUCAGAGAGUCGGGACGCACCGCCGCCAUCUUGCUGCUCCGUCAGCAAGAGAACAGCACGUAUAAAUACCGCUGCUACGUCCAGCACGAGGGGGGCCAAGUGGAGGCCCCAACAGAACAAGAGGUUCCAGCUCCAGCAGCCUCCUGUCCUCCAGAGAGAGAGCCAGCAGACCUGCCGGCUCUGGAGCAAGCUGACUGGUCCUUCCAGUCUCAGUGCAGGGUCAAGCUGCUCUGCCUGCUGUACACAGUGCUGAUAGUGAAGAGUCUGGUGUUCUGCUGUGGACUCUCUCUGCUGAUGAUCCUCAGAAACAAGGGACCGUCCACCAACUGCACACAUGCUGACUGA